UAAUAUCUGUACACAACUAGGUUGUGAUAAACUAUCUUAAACUGCAAUUAUGCCAGUCAUUCGUGUUAUCGUGCAUGCAUUUUCUUAAUGGUUGUAUUUGUAUUCUCAUCACGCUUAUGGUGUGUGUAAACUAAGUGCUUUCCAUGCAACUGGAUACUCUGGAGGAAUAUGCAAAUAGAUUAAUAUGGCUGACGAAAACAGUGUGAAGAAAUCGAACAUAGAUAGAGGAUGGGCGUGGGUUGUCAUGAUCACUUCGUAUUUGGGAAUAAUAAUUCUUUCCACAGCUUUGUACAUGAAUGGAGUGAUUUAUGUGGAGCUUUUGAACAAAUACGGCGAAGGUGAGGCCAAAACAUCUCUAGUAGGCGCCCUCUGUGGUGGACUUCUAUCUUGCCUAGCACCUCUCGUGGGCGCCUUGAAUAACAAGAUCAGCUGCCGGUUCUCAAUGAUCAUAGGUGGCGCAGUUACAACGAUUGGCUUCGCUAUCUGUGCAUUCGUGGAUAGUUUAAACAUGAUAAUCAUCUUCAAUGGAAUUUUUGUAGGUAUUGGGUUCGCCCACUCUCUGUCUGGUUUGAUUUGCGUCGUUGGAUUCUACUUCGAGAAAUAUCGUGAUAUCGUUCUUUCCGUUGUGUUCUUAACUGUUGGUAUAUCAAUGUUUAUUUCUGCUCCUUUCGGGUUAUAUCUGCUCGAUGUUCAUGGCCUUACAGCAACGUAUUUGAUACAAGCAAGCAUUCAGGCACACAUGUGCAUAUUUGGUGCCUUAAGUAGACCGUCUGUAAUUGAGAGACAGGUCCAGAAGCAAAAACAAAUGGAUCUCAAACAAAAUUUAAAACUGAGAUCAACUUCUUAUUUUGAUGUAACGCUUUUAAAGAACCGGUCAUAUUUGUGUUUCCUAUUUAGUAUAUCAACGUGGAACUUUUGUAUGUUGGCCGGAUUUGUUCACCUUCCAAAUUAUGUUUCAGUACUAGAUGGAAGUAAUUCAGACAUAAGCGUAAUCAUGCUAUUGUUUUCCCUUUCAAAUCUUGCCGGUCGUUUUCUUGGAUCGCUUACAGUUUCAAAAUUUCAUAGAAACAUUACUAAAGUGUAUGCCACAGAACUUGCAAUUUCUGGCAUAAUUACGGCUUUGUUCCCCUUAUAUUCAAAAAUAUGGGGCGGACUUUAUAUAUUCACGAUCCAGCUUGGAUUAUUUACUGGAUGGCCUAACACUAUGAUGAUGCCAAUGUCUCUUGAUUAUGUUGGAAUAUCGAAAAUGUCAGAGGCGUAUGGAUAUAAUUAUCUUUUUAGUGGAAUAGGAUUGUUCACCGGACCGGUUUGUAUAGGUUUUAUUUAUGGAGUUUCGGAUUCUUAUGAGAACAGCUUUAUUGUUGCAGGUGUAAUAAUAUUUCUUGGUGGCGUGUCUGCAGCUGGAUCAUUCUUGUGUAAAAGUAGAGAAUCAACCGAUUCUGAACUUGUAUCGAAUGAGUUGACUUUAACAGACAUAAAGAAUAUACAUAGCUGUAACAAUAUUGAUGCUAAACUAUGUGCUUCAUUAGGAUCCAUACACAGUGGCAGUGUAACAGACCUCCUAUCUUUCUCCAGAUCUCAGGACUUAUAUAUCAAAGUCACAGAUAACAUUAUUGAAGAUGUAACUAAAAUUAAAGAAGUAAAUGGUUUGUUGAAUGAUCAAAGAUAACACAUGCUUUAUACUUUUGCAUAUGAUAAAUGCAUUGUGCAACAAAAAUGUUGUGCUUUUUUUUGCUUUUUUGUCUGCACCUUAUAUAAUAUUAAUAAAAUUAUGUAACAUUA